AUGUCGAGCUUGUACGUGAAAGUCUACUACGGUGACUCCACAUACCGCAUCUUUCUGCAACCAAGCUCCUCAACUGUCUGCUUGCCAAGCUUUCAAGCACUUUGCGAGGCACUUAUCGACCAACUUAAUUUCCAUGCCAAUAUCCCAUCGCUCUUGGAUCCGACUCACUCGCCUUAUCUCGUAUUCUGUGUUGGAGAAGAUGGUUACCACCGCGUACUUGAUGACUUGUCAUUCCGCAAGGCAAUCAAGCUCGCAAAUGGCAAGAAUCGCAUCGCUCUGAGGGUCCUCUCACGAAGGAGAUACCAACGCGAACAUGUUCAGCAAGUGCAGAGCUACGCACACAAGAAAGUGAUGAAUCCAUUACGCGAAACGGGAAAGUUUUCUGUGCAAAGAAAACUCAUUUGUUCGAAGCACAAAUGCUAUUCUACAGUAUACCUCUUGUCGCCCAGUCGUUUGUUGAAGUUGUUCCAAGAUUUUCGCCAACAUAACGAUGUAUCUUCCGUUUCUUUGGCCCUCAACCACCUCGACCAAUGCAUAAACCAUCACGACGGUGAUUCUUCCGCCUUACGUCAUCGACGAUAUGAUUUGGCGAGCUUGUUCUCCGAGUUCCUAGCUGAAGCGGUUCUUCCAGUUUCGGGGUGUGUCUCAACCCGUCUGAGGUCUCGUUUUGGCGCUAAGCUACAAAAGGUCUUAAGGGAAUUCGGAGUCAGCGUAUACACGAGCGAGUCUGCAGCAGAAGCCGUAGCAGUGGUUUUCAGGUGCAAGCGAGCCUCCCAAAAUGUGAGAAGAUUGUACUCACGAGCUAUCAGCAGAGCUAUACCUCGGUGCCAAACCUCAGCUGCGGAAAAAUUAGGUCAUCGUUGCUCAUGUGAAUGCGUUGCUCUGCGAAACGCACCCCAGACCGCUGGAGAUGCGGCUCCUACUCCAGAUCCAAAUUCUGCAGCAGAUUCUGACCAGGAACACUUGCCCGUAAGUUAUUACCUGAACGAAAUAAAUCAGCUGCGCAAUGUGGCAGAGACCAAGGUGAAACGCUCCUUUCGUCGACUUAAGGAUGCCUACAAGCAAUCAGGACAAGAUCCGAGUUUCAAGCCCAGUCGCAAGCUCUGCAGAAAGAUAGAACACGCUGUCUUCCACUAUCUACGUAAGAACGUUUCUGAUCCCCAAAAGGCAGUGCACAAGAGAAUGGGUGAUGAGCUGGCAGCUAUAGUGGUUAGAAAGCUCGUCCACGCAGGAUUGGAUGAGGGCUUCAUUGAUGAGACGUCGCGCCUGGUUGUUAUGAUGGCAUACGACGACGCAGUUCGGGAAUUGGCUUGGCAGUGGGCCAACAUGGAAAAAAUGCAAACCACCACUGCGUUGAGUGCGAAAAUGACAGAUCAAAAAGUUUCGACCCGAUAUUCCUCAACCGCAACAGAAUCAGCAGACAAGCACCACGAUAGAAUUAACAAAGACAGCAAGUCUCAGAGUCUGUACAUGGCAUCGGUGAAGAUUAGGCGAAAAUCAGACGUGAAGCGACCGAAACCAAGCACACCUGCCUAUUUGUCCGCACCUGCAGAAUCAAGUCGUCCACCAUCUUCCAAACAUGCACGCAUUUCUGACUAUUCACAGGAGAGCGAUUCGUCACUAGCAAAGCGAAGAACAAGCUUUCGAAACAAGCACAAGCCAGUCUCUUCGGAGAGCAGAUUGUCUAGAGCGGAUCUCGAAGAUAUUUUUCGUCCCCGCUGGAGACAAAAAAUCUUGGCAAAAUCGAAUAUGCCACAGGACAGAGUGGAUGUGGUUAUUGACGGCCGUAACGUAGCCAAGUACUAUGGGAGCGAAAAGCCGCAGUGGCAUCUUCUCGUGAAUGUGCUGCGAGAUUACGAGCAAUACGGAAUGAAGGCAGUUCCCGCCUUGUGGGAAAAAGAUAUUAAGGACUUUAGAAGCGAAGCCGAAAAGCGGCUGAAGAAUGUCUACUUCAGUGUGGUACCAGAGAAAGAAGAUGACGAUUUGAAUGCCCUAUUCCUCGCUCACGAAGAGAACGCAAUUAUCUUAUCCAACGACCAGUUUAGGGAUCACAUUAGAUUUCAGUUUACUCCAGAUGCAAGCCUUAGGCUUGCAGAAUUUGUGCAACGAAACAGGCUUUCAUAUACGAUCAAAGGUGACAAAUUCUUUCCGGGGAAGUCUAGAGGGGGUCCACGCAUCGCUGCUAAGAAGCAGACAGUGCGGAAAGACCAAGAGCAAAAGUGAGGGGAGCUUCAAAACCCGGCUCAAUUGGAGACCAAAUAGAAUAAAGGCCCACUACGUGAGCACCGUACGGGUCAGUAGUGUAUAGGUUUAUUACGU